AUGGCCGGCCGUUUCGUACGGGCGUCCAAGUACCGCCACGUCUUUGGAAAGUCCACGAGAAAGGAAUUCUGCUACGACAACCUCCAUAUCAGUCGCAAUGCUUGGGAUACAAACUUGAUCAAGGUCAACCCUGAGUAUCUCUCGGUCAAUUGGGAUGCUUCCGGUGGCGGCGCAUUCGCUGUCAUCCCUCUGAACGAGCGAGGAAAGGCUCCCGACCAGAUCCCGCUGUUUCGCGGACACACUGCUGCUGUGCUCGAUACCGACUGGAACCCUUUCAACGACAACAUUAUCGCCUCUGCCUCCGACGAUGGCAAGGUCUUUAUCUGGGAGGUUCCCAAGGAUUUUACGUUGCUCACCGACGCCGAGGAGAUUGUUGAUGUCACGCCCGUGAGCAAGCUCGCUGGUCACCCCAGAAAGGUCGGACAGGUUCUUUUCAACCCCGCGGCCGAAAACAUUCUCGCCUCCGCCUCGGGCGACUUCACCAUCAAGCUUUGGGAUGUAAACACCGGCCAGUCGCCUCUUACUCUCAAGCACAACGAUAUCGUCCAGAGUUUGACAUGGAACGCCAGCGGAAGCAUGCUCGCCACCACUUCGCGAGAUAAGAAGAUUCGUGUGUGGGAUGUCCGACAGGAGAAGCCCGUCCACGAGGGCCCUGGCCACGGCGGUGCCAAGAACAGUCGCGCUGUCUGGCUGGGAGAGCACAACCGUUUCGCGACAACCGGUUUCUCGCGCAUGAGCGAACGACAAAUAGCUCUCUGGGAGCCUGGCAGGACAGAGCCUAUUGGCGGAUUCACCAUGCUCGACUCCAUCUCUGGUGUCUGCAUGCCUUUCUGGGAUGAUGGUUCAAACUGCCUGUACCUUGCUGGCAAGGGUGACGGCAACAUUCGAUACUUUGAGUACGAGAAUGACAAAUUCGAGUUCCUCAGCGAGUACAAGUCGGUCGACCCCCAGCGCGGUAUCGCUUUCAUGCCCCGACGAGGCAUUAACACUCAUGAGAAUGAGGUCAUGAGAGUUUACAAGACCGUCAACGACGCUUACAUCGAGCCCAUCUCGUUCACUGUCCCACGACGUGCCGAGACCUUCCAGGCUGAUAUCUUCCCCCCUGCUGUUGGAACCAAGCCUGCUGCCAGUGCUCAGGAGUGGUUCGAUGGCAAGACUGCCGUUCCUAACAAGAUUGACCUCGAGAGCGUCUACGACGGUACUGCGCCCAAAGAGAUCGCAUCCGACUACAAGGCUCCUGCUGCCCCCGCCCCUGUCGCCGAGAAGCCUGCUCCCAAGGAGGAACCCAAGAGGGAAGAGCCCAAGCCAGCCCCCGCUCUCCGAUCUCCCCCUCCUACUAUGAACGAGCAGAAGGGCUCGAUUUCCGCCAUGGCCUCCAGAUACCAGGACAAGCACGAGGAGGAGGAGGAAGACGAUGAUGCUUCAAGCUUUGAGGAGGUUUCGCGACCUGCUCAACGCCAAGCUGCCCCUGCUGCCAAGUUUACACCUCCGGCUCAGUCGCAGACGGCUUCUUCUUUCACCCCCGCAGUCGUGAAGCCUUCUUCUCCGGCCAAGACUCCUACUACCCCCGCAUUCUCAGCUCCCGCGGCUUCUUCUUCCACUGCUCAUAUCACCAGCGACUCUUCCUUCGCUGAGAUCAAGCAGCUGCUCGAGGGUCAGACCAAGCAGAUCGGCCUCUUGACCGCCGAGGUUGAAGCGCUCAAGCGCAAGGUCAGCACUGGUUCUCAGGACCAGAGCGAGCGCAUCCGACAGCUCGAGCUCGAGCUCGAGGAGGCGAGGUCCUAA